AUGGCGCGUCGCCUGGCGCUGCUUGCGCUAUUGGCUUGCGCGGCGGUCGCACUCCGCCCGCCUUCACGCCCUACCGAUACCUCCGACUCGGACUCCUCGGACCCCUCGGACCCCUUCGCGUUCUGGGACGAGUACGUCGAGUCCUAUGAGAAAACAACUCCGCCGCGAUUAGCUACAGUUAAACCUAAUACCAAAGUGUUACUCCGGAGUAAAGUUCCCAAAUCGAAUGUUACAAAGAAAAGUACUAAGAGUGACGAGAAGGUUAUUAAAACCACAAUCAACAUUUCCAGUCAUACGAACAUUUAUGUGACAAAAAUACCGCCGAUUAUUGAAUCGUUCACCAGCUCCUUUACAAGGAUUCCACAAGGAAUGUAUGUAAAUUAUAAUGAACAGCCGCCUUGGGUGAAUGGUGUGAGUCAAAUUUCGAGGUUCAGCACAAAAAAGCCGGCAAAGUCCCGACCGUCGACUACAAGACGUCCGCCCACAACUCCGAGACCUCGAACUACGACCAGGCGGCAACGUACGACCACGACACGGCGUCCUACGCGUACUGUUCGCCAAAAAACAAAAACAACCAAAGUGCCAAAACAAAAAGUGUCGUGCUCACAAAAAAAACCAGGAUGGAUCUCGAGCUUCUUUCAAGAUAACAAAAUAAAGAAAUCAUCUAAAAAGCAGGAGAAAUCAGGUUUCCUCUCCAGAAUAUAUAACUGGUUAGUUGGGUCGAAGAGCUCGUGGUUCAGUAGCGAGUGGUUUGAAGAAGAAAGAGAACAAAUACGAACAAAGACUACCACCCCAAUUCCUCCGACGACGUCUACGGAGAACUGGUUCCAAUCGUUUAUUGAAUCCGAAGAUAUUGACGAAACAAACAUGGCAAGCGAAACCAUAAAAAAGUCUGCAAAGAAAUCGCUUAAGAAAAACUACAAAGGAUAUCAACUCAUACGAGCAUAUCCAGAUGUGCUGUGGAAAGUGCAUUCUUUAUUAGAUCUGCAGGAAGAUGCAGAAGGCUCUGGUUUAAUGUGGUGGACAGCACCAUCUCUCAACAGUUCCACGGACCUUCUUGUGCCACCGGAUUUAUUGGUGGAUGUAAAGGAUCACUUAAAAUCGUACAAAAUCGAUUUUGAUGUUAUUAUUUGGGAUUUGCAGAAAGCAAUUGCCUAUGAAAAUCCUAAAUUAUCUAAGAAGCAGAGAUUAGAACUAGAACAACUGCAUGGUCAUCCAUUGACGUGGAGACGCUAUCAUCGUUAUGCAGACAUAUUGAGGUAUCUAGAAUACCUGCAGCAUUCGUAUGCUGAUAUUGUUGAACUUGUGCCUCUGGGUCGUACUUCUGAAGGACUUCCUUUAGUGGCAGUUAAGGUAUCAAUUCCAUCGAAUGAAACUCAAUCCAGCAGAUCUGUUAGCAAAGGACAAAAGAAAAAAUGGAAGCUCAGAUCCAACUUAAAGCCAGCUGUUUGGUUGGAUGGAGGAGCUCAUGCUCAAGAGUGGAUAGCUCCAGCAGUCACCACAUGGAUUUUACAUAAUUUAGUCGAAGGAGAUAAGGGUUUAGGUGCUGACCGCGAAGUUCUUAAUGAGGCUGAUUUCUACAUAAUGCCAGUGCUGAAUCCAGAUGGUUACGAGCAUUCGCACACUCAUGACAGGCUCUGGAGGAAGACCCGUUCACGUAGCCCCGACCACUCAGAUGAUUACUACGUCGGCUGGUUUCCCUGGAACUGGGGUCGCACGGAAUGUGUGGGAGUGGAUACGGACCGCAACUGGGAUUACCAUUGGAGCGAGAAGGGUUCGUCGUCCGACCCCUGUGCCGACAACUAUGCAGGCCCGCAUCCCUUCAGCGAGCCAGAGACACGGGCUGUCUCCGAAUUCUUGUCAGAACAUCGGGGACUAAUAAAGGUUUAUAUAUCCAUGCAUGCGUACUCACAAGCGUGGCUCUUGCCGAGUACUCAUUCGCACGCGUCCUUUGCGGAUGACGGUGUGUUGAUGGAGAUGGGCAAACUAGCCACGGCCGCUCUCGCAGACAUGUACGGAACAAAGUACCAGGUAGGAACGGCUGCAGAAAUAAGACAACCAGCUUCAGGAAUGUCUCAUGAUUGGGCGAAAGCGCGCGCUGGAAUCAAGUUCUCCUAUCACGUUGAUCUGCGGGACUCGUUUGGCCCCUAUGGCUACCUACUGCCAGGAUCGCAAAUAGUAUCCACGGCUCGUGAAACCUGGCAAGCAGUUAGAGCUAUUGUAGAUAAUUUAUCACCUGGAUUUAAAUAAAGUUUUGUUUUAAAUUAUAAGUAAAACACCUUGGUUGUAUUUUAGUGAGUUAGCACCUAGAAAUUGAAUAGGUUUAAUAUAUCAAUUAAUAGUUGUUUAAAAGUAGGCAUAUGAAUGUAAAUAUUUUAGUUUAGAUGUUCCUAAUAGAAUUUAGUAGAAAUUCUGUAAUUUUUUUUUCAUAAGAACGCGCCUGCUUCGCUGCGGUUCUUUCUGAUAAUAAAUCCCAUUCCAAUGGGAACGUAGGGAUAAAAAGUAGGUAUAUCAUAACAAUACUCUUGUAAUGUAAACAUGUAACAUCGCUGUUUAAAAAAUUCAAAUCAAUCCAAUGUCAACUUCUCGAGUUUUGCGAUACCUACCUACCUACUGUUCGCAAAAGUUGUUAAGCUAAAUUUUUAUUUGCUCAGAUAAUUGCAUUUAUUUGAUUAUUGUUAAUUGAGUAGUAAGUCUAAUGAUAAGUUGAUGUUUAAUUAAAUACUGUAAAACUGAA